GCGCAAACCCACAAGCCAACUUCUUCAAAAAGUCCUUCAAACUAAAAAAAAGAAAGAUGAAUGGGAAACUAAUCUCUCUCUUACUUCUUCCACUUGUGCUGCUGACCAUCCUCUUGUCCGGAGCUGAUAAAGCCUUGGCUGCGUCCGGCAAGCGACGCCACGUCAGCCUCCGGAGCAACCGCAACGCCACCGUCGGCUCCGGCGAAGGAAAGAUCCAGAGGCAGACAAGUGGGUGUAACUUGUUCCAAGGGAGAUGGACCGUCGAUGUCUCUAACCCUCUCUACGAUUCUUCCACGUGUCCCUUCAUCGACGCCGAGUUCAAUUGUCUCAAAUUCGGCCGACCCGACAAGCAGUUUCUCAAGUAUUCUUGGCAACCAGAUUCAUGCGCUGUUCCCAGGUUCAAUGGGAUUGAAUUCUUGAGGAGAUGGAGAGGGAAACGAGUCAUGUUCGUGGGUGACUCAUUGAGUCUAAACAUGUGGGAAUCGUUGGGAUGUAUGAUACAUGCGUCGGCACCAAACGUCAAGUUCACUUUCGUGAAGCGUACCCCGCUCUCUUCCAUCACCUUUGAGGGAUACGGGGUGACAUUGUAUCUAUACCGAACACCGUACCUAGUGGACAUAUCGAGAGAGAAGGUAGGAAGAGUGCUCAACCUAAACGCCAUAGAAGGAGGAGCCAACCUUUGGAAAGGAAUGGAGGUUCUCAUCUUCAACUCUUGGCAUUGGUGGACUCACAAAGGAUCUUCUUCCCAAGGGUGGGAUUAUAUGAGAGAUGGGUCCGGUUUGAUGAGGGAUAUGGACCGGCUGGUGGCGUUUUACAAAGGGUUGAGCACUUGGGCUAAAUGGGUUGACCUCAACGUCGAUGCCUCCAAGACGAGGGUCUUCUUCCAAGGCAUUUCUCCCACACACUACGAGGGUAGGGAAUGGAACGAGCCAAAGAAGAGUUGCAGUGGACAGAUGGUGCCGUUGAGUGGAUCAACCUACCCGGGAGGUGCACCGCCGGCUACAGCCGUGGUGGACAAAGUGUUGAGAACAAUGAAAACGCCCGUCUACUUGCUCGAUAUUACGACUCUAUCCCAGUUGAGAAAGGAUGCUCAUCCUUCCACUUAUGGCGGCGAUGGAGGCACAGAUUGCAGCCAUUGGUGCCUCCCUGGAUUGCCUGAUACUUGGAACCGCCUUCUCUAUGCAGCUCUUUCCAUGUGAAAGAGAACAAUCUUUCUCUAUCUGUACAUUACAUUCUUGGAUGUGGUAAGAAUCUGAUAACUCUUUGGGGAAGAAGGUUACAUAAACAAAAGAUGAAAGUGAAAAGUGCUUAAUUUAAUUAUUUUUCA